AUGGAGAACAGCACCUGGAUGACCAACCGCAAUGACAUGUCAGGUUUCAUCCUGGUGGGACUCUUCAGCCAGACAGAGCACCCAGCUCUCCUUUGUGCGGUCAUUUUGGUGAUUUUCCUGAUGGCCUUGUCUGGAAACAGCAUCUUGAUCUUUCUGAUACACUCCAGCAUCCACCUCCACACCCCCAUGUACUUUUUCAUCAGCCAGUUGUCUCUCAUGGAUGUGAUGUACAUUUCCGUCACCGUGCCCAAGAUGCUCAUGGACCAAGUCUUGGAUGUGAAUAAGAUCUCAGCCCCUGAAUGCGGGAUGCAGAUGUUCCUCUAUGUGACCCUAGCAGGUUCAGAGUUUUUCCUUCUAGCCUCCAUGGCCUAUGAUCGCUACGUGGCCAUCUGCCAUCCUCUCCGUUACCCUGUCCUCAUGAACCAUAGGGUGUGUCUCUCUUUGGCAUCUGGCUGCUGGUUUCUGGGCUCAGUGGAUGGCUUCUUGUUUACUCCCAUCACCAUGACGUUCCCCUUCUGCAGAUCCCGGGCAAUCCAUCAUUUCUUCUGUGAGGUCCCUGCUGUAUUAAAGCUCUCCUGCUCAGACACCUCCCUCUAUGAGAUUUUCAUGUACCUGUGCUGUGUCCUCAUGCUCCUCAUCCCUGUGACAGUCAUUUCAGGCUCCUACUAUUUUAUCCUCCUCACCAUCCACAGGAUGAACUCAGCCGAGGGCCGGAAGAAGGCCUUUGCCACAUGCUCCUCCCACAUGGCUGUGGUCAUCCUCUUCUACGGGGCUGCCGUUUAUACCUACAUGCUCCCCAGCUCCUACCACAGCCCUGAGAAGGACAUGAUGGUAUCUGUCUUUUACACCAUACUCACUCCUGUGCUAAACCCUUUAAUCUAUAGUCUGAGGAAUAAGGAUGUUACGGGAGCUCUGAAGAAAAUGUUGAAUGUGGGAAUGGUCUUUCAAGAAACUGUAAAGUAA